AAGGAACCCCUAUCUAGCGAUAAUUACGCCAUACACGGUAACUCCAGCCCUGAACACCCCCUUAUCUCACCCCUGAACUGUCACACAUCAUGCCUACCCACUAUGAGGUACUAGGGGUACUGUCACUUGCUGGAGACGCUGAGAUCAAGAAGGCGUACCGGAAGUUUGCAUUGCGGCACCACCCGGACAAAAACGUCGGGAACCCAGAACUGGCCGACGCCAGGUUCAAGGAAGGUGCGGAGGCAUACGCUGUUCUCAGUGACAAGGUGAAAAAAAAAGCCUACGACAUCAACAUGAAACAGUCACAGCCUACCCCACAGAAUCCGUUCCCACGCCCGCCUAACCCCCAGCAAUCCACGGGGUAUGGUUACGGAUACCCACAACGGCAGCGGUAUCACUAUGAAAAUCCGUACAAUCCGUAUGCCGGGGCCAGACAGGAUCUGUACGCCAGGCAAGAUCCGUUUGACCAGGCAUACUUUAAAGCUCGGCAGGAGGAGAAGCGGCAAACAGAGCAGGAGUUCCAACAGAGACAGCAACACCACGCCCAGAAAAAACAAGAGUUUCAGCAACAGCACCAGAGGAAUUUUCAGCAAAAGUUCUACGAAGUGCCCAAGCAACAGAAGUCAGCCUACCAACAGUUCUAUGCCACAAACAACGUUAGGUCCGAGGAGAAGGAAAACCCGCCCAAGGCGUCUGUUUCGUCUCCCAAAGUUCAAAAAAUGAAGUCGACAAACGAUGAUAAAUGGACAAGGUCCAAGACCGGAUACGCGUUUCAGUCAGGCGAGAAAACCCCGGUAGAACGACCAGCCACAACUAGCUCUCCAAUUGAUAAACCUGGUUCCAAGACUGACCCAAAGGCCUCCCCAUCAAACGUGAAGGAGGUGAAGCAAGAGGCAACCACCAGAACCACCAGAAGCAAGAGUAGCGCCAAACCUGCUAGCUCUCCAAAAAGCGAUACUACCAGCAUGGCAUCUUCCUCGCCCCAUGAGAGCCCAGGUAACGACCCGGACGAUCCGAUUGUGGUCGACCCCGAUGAAGAGGAUGACCAACCAGAUACGACCUUAGAUGAGUUCGAAGAUGCAGACGACUUUGAUGACGAGUCGGAGCUUCUAAGUGCCAAUGAAGAAGAAAAGUCUGAUGACGCGCCAAACAGCGAGAGUUCCAAAGAACCGCCAAAGGCUCCGCAGUUUGCGUUUGCCAAGUUUAGCCAGAGCCAUCUGAUACCAGGAGACUUCACCAUCAAAAACUCUGGUGGGUUUGGCGCUGCGAAGCCGACCGCGGCCUCUAUCUUCCACGCCCGUCCCAUGAAGCUGCGAAAAGACGCCAGACGAAGAGUCCAGUCGCCACCGAGGGCCACCGGGCCUGCUGCCAGACCACCAACCAAAAGUCGGAGGGCUAACCGCUCACACAUAGAAGCCGAGCUGAAGGCCGAGCCAAUCGUGGUGGAGGACGAAACAGAGACCGAAGAGACCCAGAAAUCGCAAACGCCGGCAUCAACACUGGGUCCUAAGAAAGGUGUGCAUAUGGAAGAGGUUCCCGACGCGGAGAUGGAAGACGUGGCUCCUAAAAUGCGAGAUACUGCGUUUACUUUCGACAUGAAGGUUCCGCCGUUUACCCAAACCGACGGUAACUUCGACAUGCACGAUGUCGGUGCCUCUCUCGGGGGACCGGAGCGGCCGAAGCAGCGCCCUGGUCUGAACAAACCAGAGUUUGUACAAGCUGGAAGCGGCAAGGCUGAAUUGUUAUCCGCCCCAGUGAAUACGCGCCCCGGUAUUUCGUUCCAGAUACCGAGACCGCAGCACAAACCGCCAACUAACCCGUUCGGCCCGCAGAAAUCGCCAUUUUCGGUGUUUGACGAGCACUCGGCCACACGCGAGAUCUUGCACUAUCCGAUUCCCACCGUGCCAGCGGUUCUCAGUGCCCCAUCAAUUUCGGAGUUUGAGAGCUACUCCCAGCGGUUCAAGAACUACACCGAAGAGUUUUUCCAGUACCGUGAGGUAGUGGGAAACUACUUGGAGCAGAGAAGGUUGGCAGACGCAAAAAACGGCUCAGCCUUGUUUGAACCGGAGGGCUUGGAGACAUACUUGAAGGCGGUAAACAUAGACGGAAGUGUCACUCGGCAGUUGGCCGAUGCUACAAAUGAGUAUUACCAUGCGUUGCACAUUUUUAGCCAGAUCAGCAUCUUCCGGCACAAAGCGUGAAGUUUGUGUGAAGUUUGUAUGAAGUUUGCGUGUUUAGUUUUUUGGGGUAUCGAAGAUAUGAACAUUGAAUAAUUUCCGGUGACGUCACCGGGUUUGC